CUGACGAUCACGAUCAUUCUGUGGUGAUAUCAUGCAAAUCUUUAUGUGAACACAGCUCCACAUGUGAUUGGGAACGUCGUCACCAACUGAAAUUAUGAGCAAAAAAACUGAUAAAACAAAGAACGAGGAUGAUGGGACUGGAAGGAUUGGACGUCUUGAUGAGCCCACAAUGGGUUACUAUCGGCGGGUCUCCGAUAAGAUUCAGGAAGGAUUUGAAAACGCUGACGAAAAAGCAAUGUUUAUGAGGAACGUCUACUCUGAACUGGAAGGCAAUGAAAUAGGACUCUCCCAAAACCAGACAGUAAGCCGCAUUCUCGAGACAGUCCUCCCUCUCUCGGAACCUGAACAGCUGACCUCCUUCCUCCGUGGAUUGACCUCUGACCUUUCGACCUCGGCCACUGAUCGGUUCGCAAGCCAUGUUCUACAGUCGACCAUGAUCGAAGCCCUGCGUUAUGUAGGCACAGAGGAAGGGGUAGAUCUGCCUGGGAUUUUUUGCACAAUAUGUAAAGAAAUGUCAGAGAACUUCAAAGAGGUGAUACUGGACACGUAUGCUAGCCAUGUUUUACGGACCCUCAUAGCAAGCCUUGCUGGCAUCCAGGCUCCAGAGAAUGUCUCUAGAAGCAAACUAUCACGAGGCCAACAACAUAAAGAAUUGGUGUUAGAAACCAAAGUCAUUUUGAAUUCACCACCAAAGGACUUUCUCUCAUGCGUGGAAAAGAUCUCGGAAACCAUCAUGGAAGUUGAUGAUUUAAAUGAAUACUUCACCAGCGCGACAGCAGGCCCAGUCCUAGAGGUAUUAUUGCUAGCACUUCACCAUACCAACAAAGAGCUAUGUAAACGCCUCACCAAGAUAUUUCUCAAGCAAGCCAAACUUUUGAGCAAAGGAGCGGCAUCAGAAACAGAAAAAGAAAGAUCUUUGGCUCAGCUUAUGACACACCCAAUCAGCAGUCACCUGCUUGAGGUCAUUUUUAAGGUCAUUGGUGAUGACCUCCUCUUAAAGGUCAUAGGUCGGAGCUUCAAAGGUCAACUCAUCAAACUGGCCAUGCACGGUGUUGCCAAUUUUGUUCUCCAACGAUUGCUUGAAAGAACCAAAGACCUACCUGUGUUUGAGGAGCUGUUUGAUGAGAUCGUUGCUGAUAUAGAGAGUGUGUUAGCUGUCAAUCAUCUUGGUGUCAUUCAACGAUUGGCUGCAGGCUGUGUAAGCCACACCUCCAAGCAGGUUCCCUUCCUGCAGUGUCUGAUGAAAGCAUUCCACUGUCAUGAGCCGAGAGACAGGCAGAACUCCUGCGUACCCCUUUUUGCUGCCAUGGUAACCUAUGAGGUCAUGUUCGGAGAGAAGGAUGACACAAAGGAGGACCCUCAGGCACCUCCUCCCAUCCAGCUCCAGGGCUCCCUGCUCCUCCAAGAAAUGCUCAAGUUCUCCAAGAAUGGCUCCAUCCUCAACAGUUUCAUGGCCAUGACCCCCGAGAUGCUUGUAUCCAUGGCGACCCAUCCGUCUGGGAGCUAUCUCCUGGAGGCGUUCAUGAAGAGCACUGUGAUAGGCGAGAAGAAGAAGGACCAGUACGUGGAGAAAUUUAAGGGGAGUUGUUUCCAGAUCGCCUGUAACAAGCACGGCUCAAGGACGAUAGAAGGCAUCUUCAAGGCAUCGUCCAUCAAGAGCAAGUUCGUCAUCGCCGAGACCCUUGCUGAACGAGAGAGCCAUCUCCUCUCCCACACGUUCGGUCGCUUCGUCCAUCGGAACCUCUCCCUGGGUCAUCUGCGGAAUCGGAAGCAGGAGUGGAAGAGCAUUCAGAUGAAGGAAGCUCAGAAGAGGAAAUUGUUUGCAGAUAUCGUCGGCCGGGAACCACCAAAGAAAGAGAAGGCAAUGGAGGAGGGCCGACAAGAAGACAUGUUUUCCAAGGAGAUAGCUAUGUUGACUGGGUCUGGGGAUUCAAGACUAGGUGAAGAACCAGGGGAGGAUGCGACGGCUGACAACGAUGAAAUCACAACCAUCUUCAGUACCCUGUCCCAGAAGGGAGAAACACCGUUAGAUGAAGACCAAGCACACCAGACACAAGGAAAGAAGAAGAAGAAGAAGAAAAGAAAGAUUAAGGACACUGACUGAUAGAAAAGGGAAUUGUUUAUAUUUAUUCAGAUCUCCGCUGCUAGCGAGUCGCGUCUCAUGCUUGAAAUCCUAUUUUCAAGCCCUUUGUUAAAGAGAGGUUGAGUUCUGGGGAGAGGUGAAGAAUAUUUUGUGAGCAUUUCAGGACAUCAGAGAAAAAAUGUCCCCUGGAAAGCAUGGCUCUUCAAAUGCCUUCAUAUUCUGAAUAUGACGAGUAACAGCUUAAAAACGAGGCCUGGUUUGUAUGCAACAUGUUUGUGUAGUCCCAUAUACAUCUUUCUGUGUACAGUGCUUGUUCUUUACCAAGACUGGUCCAAA